CUCCCUAGCGACGAGAGACGCUGAGCCCCGACCUCAGCUCGCUGGGUGUGAGGAGACCUCGGGCCCAUGGCAGGGAAAACGAUCAGCACGGAGGCAGCACAGCGCAUGAACCUUGUGGCCCAGGACGAGAUCUGGAGAUACUGCCUCAAGGCUGAAUCUGAAGCACGGAAAAACUGGGCCCAGAACUGGGGGUUUUUGGCAACACCCCUGGAGGAGUUGAUCCAGGGUAAAGAAGAACCCCGCAGCCCAAAGCCAAAAGUUGAGCUUCCUGAACACUUCCACAUCCGGCCAGUGACUCCUGUGGAGAAAUACAUCAAGGUCCUCCCGUCCCCCACAGUCCCGCAGACGACCCAGGGCUUCAUCGGCUGGCGGUCCGCCGUGCGGGGCCUCAACAAGUGCCUGGAACACGACAGUGCGAUCCGCAGCUGCAAAGGAGCCUACGCCCGGGGGCUGGGCUGGCCGGAGCAGGGCAUCCACUGACCUCCGCCUGGGCAGGGAAGGGGCCACCAGGUGCUCUGCGGGGAGGAAGAAUCCCCACCCCAUGUCACGGAGGUCUCUGUCCCCGCAUCUUCUCCCACGGGAUGCAGCAAAGAACACAGCCUGGCUCCAUCCUUCCCAAUGCUCAUGUAAAACUGGCUCUUGACUGGUGUAAUGAAUAAGGCAAAACAGAUGCCCUGAUUUGUGUGUGUGUGU